AUGGAUGCGUCAAACCUUUCCAGUAACUGGAAGACACUACAAGCCACACUCAAGCAAAGCGGUGCAGCAUCAACAACAGCAAUUACGAAGCGGAAGAUUGCAGAUCGCGACUCAUCCGCGGCCCCGAAGAAGCGCAAAAUCGCCGACCAUCCCCACAAAGUAUCCUCGAAAACACAACCGAGCAAGACACCACUCAAGAAACGCAAGAUGGCAGACUGUUCUGCAACUGGUGGCACAGGGUCUUCUGAGCCCUCAGCAGCACGCAGAAGAUCCAGCACCAACACAUCUGCCGCUCCCGUGACGGUGUCGCGAAAUGCAAAGGUCAAUGAGGGACGCUCUGCCACUGCGGAGCUUGGAAAAUACAUUGCCAUGGACUGCGAAAUGGUGGGUGUGGGUCCCAACCCCGACAACGACUCCGUCCUUGCGCGCGUCAGUAUUGUCAACUUUAACGGCGAUCAAAUCUACGAUUCUUAUGUUCGACCAAAAGAAAUGGUCACCGAUUGGCGGACCCACGUCAGUGGUAUCGCGCCCAAGCACAUGGUUGAAGCUCGCACACUGGAGGAAGUACAAAAGGAAGUCGGCGAGAUCAUGAACGGACGAAUCCUGGUGGGCCACGCAUUGAGUAAUGAUUUGGACGCUCUGCUCCUCAGUCAUCCUAAACGCGACAUCCGCGAUACCAGCAAACACGCCGAAUACCGCAAGAUUGCAGGUGGAGGUUCCCCUCGGCUGAAGAUGCUUGCUGAGCACUUCUUGGGGUUGAAGAUCCAAGAUGGAGCUCACUCAUCUGUGGAGGAUGCCCGGGCUACCAUGGCGCUGUAUCGGCGGGAGAAAGAUGCGUUUGAAAAAGAGCAUCUGAAGAAGUGGCCCAUUCGCAAUGUGCCGGCGAGCUCAGGUGAUGGUGACCAGAAGAAGAAAAAGAAGAAGAAGAAGACUACGCGCAAGCGGUGA